AUGGGUAAACAUCAGGAUAAUUCUGACGACGAAGAAUUAGACGAAGCAGAAUUCAUCGUUGAAAAGAUUCUCGAUCGAAAAGUGGUCAAUGGAGAAGUCUAUUAUUUUCUCAAGUGGAAAGGCUUUGGCGAUACUGAAAAUACUUGGGAACCUGAAAUGAAUCUAGAUUGUCCAGAACUAAUUGCUGACUAUCACAAAAGAUCAAAAAAAUCUUUAGAGUCCAGUGAAUUAUCUGAUUCGAAUAAACGCGCUCCUCAAGAUGCAGCAACGAAUGAUGCAAUGAAAAAAGUCAAGCGUGCCAACGACUUCGGCUAUGGCAGAGGACUAGAAAUUGAGAAAAUUCUCGGAGCAACUGAUGUUUACGGUGAAUUGAUGUUUCUAAUUAAAUGGCAAGCUACCGAAAAGCCUGAAUUAGUUCCUGCUCGAAUAGCGAAUGUUCGCAGUCCACAACAGAUAAACAAUAAUCAUCUCGAUUUAUAA